CGAUACUUGAUUUCUUUCAAGCGCCUGAGUGACUGACAGGUGUCCUUAUCUAAUUAUUUUUUGCAAUUUAAGUGGAAAGUAAAGAGCACAGAGAUAAAAUGACUUCUAAAGAUCUUAUCCUGUCAACAGCAAGGCAGUUUCUGGCAUAUGUGAAUAAGGCACCAUCACCUUACCAUGCUGUUGAAGAGAUCAAAAGUAAACUUGUAGCGGCUGGCUUUCGUGAGUUGAGAGAUACAGACCAGUGGCAGGUCAAGCCAAAAGAUAAAUGUUUUGUGACAAAGAACCAGUCGACAAUCAUUGCAUUUGCUGUCGGAGGACAGUUCAAGCCUGGAAAUGGUUUCAGUAUUGUCGGAGCUCACACUGACAGUCCAUGUCUGAAGGUGAAGCCAGUGUCAAAGGUGAACAAGAGUGGUUACAACCUGGUCGGUGUGGAGUGUUAUGGCGGGGGAAUCUGGCACACAUGGUUUGACCGGGAUCUUACUAUCGCCGGCAGGGUCCUAGUUAAGGCUGGGAAGAGCAUAGAGCACCGCCUGGUGAACAUUUCACGGCCCAUCCUGCGAGUUCCCCAUGUUGCCAUUCACCUCCAGAGAGAUCACAACGAGAAGUUUUCACCAAACAAAGAAACAAAUAUCUGCCCAGUGUUGUCUACAGAAGUUCAGUCUCAACUCGGCAAGCCAGUAGGGGAAACUGCCGACACUGACAAAUCCACACCCACACAGGCGGACAAGCACCAACCCCUGCUUGUAAAACUGUUGUGUGACGAACUGAAGGUUGAGCCAGAACAGCUCAUGGACUUUGACCUUCACCUUGCUGAUACCCAGCCUGCUGCUAUAGGUGGAGCCUUGGAGGAGUUCAUCUUCUCUCCCCGCCUUGAUAAUCUGCUCAACGCCUACACCGCUGCUGUGGGUCUAGUGAACUCCUGCAGCAAUACCAGCCUUGAUUCUGAUCCAACCAUUCGCAUGAUCAGCCUUUUUGACAACGAGGAAGUUGGAUCACAGAGUGCUCAGGGGGCUGGAUCCAGUUUCCAGGAGUAUGUAUUGCGGAGGUUAAGCAGUGGUGGGAGCCAGACAGCAUUUGAGGAAGCCAUCCCUAAAUCCUACAUGAUCAGCGCUGACCAGGCGCAUGCUUUACAUCCUAACUACAGUGAGAAGCACGAGGGUAACCACCAGCCUGGCCUCCAUAAGGGGAUCGUAGUUAAGAUCAACAGUAACCAACGUUACGCCUCCACGGCAAUCACCAACACCAUCCUCAGGGAGAUAGGCCGCAUUGCUGAUGUACCACUACAGGAUUUUGUAGUGCGUAACGAUGUGGCCUGUGGUUCAACCAUCGGUCCAAUCAUGUCAGCCAAGCUGGGAAUGGCGACAGUAGACAUUGGCGCACCUCAGCUCAGUAUGCAUUCUAUCAGGGAGAUGUGUUGUACCACUUCCGUUCUCCAGUCUCAGACACUUUACCAGGCGUUCUUUGAGCACUACCCAGAAGUGUUCAGCUCUCUGAAGUUCUAAACAGCAGGCCAUGCGGGGUCUCCAUGUCUCCAAAUGCGAUAGCAUACUAGACCACCCUGGAGAUACAAUCAACAUUGCAUCAUAUACUUGAGGAAUACUUGGACAGCCUAAGCAGAUACCAUCAUUUACAAACAUUUAUGGGGUAACCGGUCCACAAAAAUCAUGUCAACAACACCUUGCAGCAGAUUUAUUCAGAGUCUUUUUAUAUAUAUUUUGUCAUCAUUUAUAAUUACUAAAUAAUGUUUCUAUUUCUAUAUACAGUUAUUGAAAAUUAGCAAUAGACUUGCCUCAUGUAUUUUUUUAGACAGUCUUAGCAGAUACAUCAUGUUAUAAAUUUGAAUAUAUCCUGAAUAUUAUCAUAUUUUUUAUUUUCAAAUAGUAUUCUUAGAAGAACCAUUUCCAGUAUUUAUGUAGGAAUUAAACUACCUAUGAAUGCAAAUUAGGCCCCAAUUUCUCGAAACCCCUUAAGUCUUUUUAACAGGAUUAAGCUAAGCUCACUAUUUUUGUUUUUCUUUAAUUUGAGUUUUAUUUACUUCUUUAAGAUUUUUUGGACUUGAAAUAAGAAUAAUCUUUAUGGUAAUUACAAUAAACAAUUUUUUAUAUAAUAAAAUCAAAUUUAAGUAUGUUUUUGGCUUAUUGAAAUAAGCUACUCAAGCCUUUUAACCUUAAGAAGUUUUGAGAAAUUGGGGUCUGUACAUUUUAGAAAAGAAAGAAGACAUAAUUGUAUGAGAUGUUAACCCAUUGACCAUCGCUUAGCAACAGAUCAUUUGACCACCACUAGGUUGACUAAAACAAAUUAUCUCAAAUAAUACAAUCAUUAUUUUCUAUAAUACCAGCUGUGCAAUAUUAAAUGAAGCUUAAAGAAAAUAUAUAAUGACAAAAGAUUAAUCCCACUGUUUGCUUUACUUCAUUAACAAUGUAGAACACUUUUUUGUCUCAAUGGAGUCUUAUGACAAAAGGUGAACUUUUGCCUAAUCAAAUUAUUUUUUCACCUUCCCUUACAAUAUAUUUGAAUAAGAUGUAAUUAAAAAAAAGUUGAAUUCCUUUGUGAGAUUUCUCUUCGUAACAUCUGUGUACCGUUCCCAUUUUUGCAAUGUUGUUUUUUGUUUCCGUGGAGUCUAUGACCAAUGGUGAACUUUUGGUGUUUUGAUGGUUCUGCUUGACCAAAUGAUUUUUUCACCUUUCAAUUACAUAUUUUUUUUAAGAAAGGGAGUUUUCAUUUGUUAACAUCUGUGUUCCUGUAAUUGCAAGAUCCAAUUAUUUUUUCACCUUUUCACCUUCAAAUAUAUCCUUUAUUUUGUAGGGAUGCAAAAUUGAUAUUUGAAUAUUCGUUAAUUCUUUCGAUCGAAUAUUCAAUUACCAAAAUAUGUAUUUUGGAAGUCAUAGUAAACUUAACUGUUAUUAUUAUUUGCUAAAGUAAAAGGCCUUGCAUUUUAAACCUACGUUGUCGUAGCCAGUUCAAGGCGGACCCUGAUUUCCCUAAAUGAGCCUAUGGAAUUCCUAAUUUUAAGAAAGAAAAAAAAACCCAAUACAUUCUGAACAAUCAAGAAAACAAAAAUCAAAUAAUUUCAAUUCCACUGCCUCCAUAUUUGUAAACAAAGAGAAAUUAGAUGGAUUCCUGAUCAAAUGGCGUUAUGUGCCAAUGGAAGUUCUUUCUACAGGACGAGAAGCCUCGUUCUGGGAUUGACCUCUACUAAAUAUAACUAUGGAAAAACAAAAACCAACUCUGAAACUAGUAAAAUAAUAAAACUAACACAUAUUUGGAUUUUGACUCUACUGGUGUAUAGAGAAAAUAUAUCCUUAAACGCUAUACUAUACAGUUUACCAAAACUAAUUGAAAUUGCUGCUGUCACUGAUGUCCAAUAGCCAGUUAUUGUAAUAUUAAGGGGACUUUUUCUAGUACCCGACAAUUUGUCCCUAAAUGACACAUGAGGCGUGUUUAGUGUAUUGUCAGCACAUUCACACAUCUGGCAUUAUGGGCCAAUAAUUGAAAAACAAGACAAACCAACUUUAAACACAACAACAGCGAUGUGGGCAAAAGGUUUUUUAUUAUACGCCCGAAGGGUCGUAUUAUGUUAUGGCCUCCAUCGUCUGUCCGUCUGUCUGUCUGUCUGUCCGUCCUUUAGCAAUUCCGUGUCCGGGCCAUAACUUGGUAACUAAUAAAGCGAUUUUCAAAUAACUUUAUACAAAUCAUCACUACAUUAGGAUGUGUCGCGCGCAAUUUCCAGGUCCAUACCUCAAAGACUAGAAUCACCAUUGGGGUGCGUUAGCAAAUCUGUGUCCGGGCCACAACUUGGUCACUAAUAAAGUCAUUUUAAAAUAACUUUAUACAAAGCAUCAUUACAUUAAAAGGAUGUGUCGCGCGCAAUUUCCAGGUCCAUACCUCAAACACUAGAAUCACCAUGGGGGGAUACGUUAGCAAUUCCGUGUCCAGGCCAUAACUGGGUUACUACUAAAGCAAUUUUCAAAUAACUUUAUACAAAUCAUCUCUACAUUAAAAGGAUUUGUCAAGCAUGCUUUCCAGGUCCGUACCUCAAAGGCUAAUUUCACUGGGGGGCGUUAGCAAUUCCGUGUCCAGGCCACAACUUUGUCUUACUACUAAUAAAGGAAUUUUUAGAAAACGUGUCCUAGCCACAACUUUGUAACCAAUAAAGCAAUUUUUAGAUAACUUUAUACAAAUUAUUGCUACAUUAAAAGGAUGUGUUGUGAGCACUUUCCAAGUCCUGCUACUUUUAAACUUAGUAAGCAGUAUACUAGCAUAACCUAAAUGUUUAUUAAAGACCUCAAGCCGAAUCUUCUUCGGGCGUAUAAUGCUCCGUUUCGCGGUGCUUUUGUUCUUUUUAGUUGACAAAAAAAAUUGACAAAAUACCGAUUUUGACAUUCGAAACUAAAUGUUUGAUCGAAUAUUCAAAUAUUUGUUUGCAUCCCUAUUAUUUUGACAACUAUUAAUUAAUCUGCAGAGUUUUCCAUUGUAUACAUGUCUGUGCUGUGUGCUAUAACAAAAGGUGAGCUAAUAAGCAUCUGGGAAAUUAUUUUUUCACCUUUUUACACUUUACUACAUAUAAUGACAAAUAUUAUUUUUGGGGGGGAGUUUUACUUGUCAAUAAGUUUAUGCUGUUUCUUUCUCUUGAAAUAUAAAAUGUUUCAAUGGAGUCCAUUGACGUCAAUGACUUAAGGUGAACUUUUAAUUGAAAUAUAUAAUUCUUCAAUGUUCAAUAUAGUCCAUUGACGUUAAUGACUUAAGGUGAACUUUUAAUACCAAUGAGCUACUUUGAGAUCAAAUUAUUUUUCACCUUUUCUCCAUUGAAUAGCUUUGAUUAAUUCACACAUUAAUUAGCUGGUUGUAUGUCAUAUAUUUUUUCUUAUUUAUUUGUUGAUUAAUUAAAUUUGCCUGUCGAUAUCUUCAUUUUUUGUCUUGGAAUGGGCAAGUUUUUGCGUAAAUAUCUACAAACGGAUGAUAUAAGAUUGCUGACAAAAAAAUCGUUUGUAGAUUUUCAUAUUUCCGUUCGAAAAGUAAUGUUUUAUGGCCUAAACCGUUACUAAUGUUUUAAGAAAAAUGCACAAAACAUCAAUUUUUGAACUUAAAUAUUAAAAUCUGCGAUCUAUUUUUUGUCAGCAGUGUAAUUUAACUCGAUUCAAUGGAUUUUCGCAAAAAUUGCCUCUUUCCAAGACAAAAAAUAAAUAAGUUGUCAAACGUUCAAUCUGUGAGACCGCACCUUUAACUAAAUUUUAUGAAGAAAGACCAAACAGCAACUGACAGAUGUUUAUCUCAAUAUAAUUUAGAAAAAUCCAAAUUUUCAACAGCAUUACUAACCCUUUUUGUUUUUUUUUUAAAUCUUUUUGUCACAAUUUUCAGUAGUGAUUUACAUAAGAGAUUAUUUGAUUUUUGUAGCUAUUUUUAAUUGUUACAGUCAUUAUGUUCACAUUUCAUAGGAGAUUGAUAAAAAAGAUCCCUGACCCUAUAAAACAUCAACGAGUCCCUCAAAAACAAAGUAUUUCUGUAGUUUAAUGGAUUUACCUACCAAAUAUUUUAAAGGCUGACCUAGCAUGAUAAUGGGGCCAAAAUUGCGUUAUUUUGUGCGAAAUUAUUAUUUAAAUUUAUCGUGUAAUUGUACACGUGUAUUUGAAAUGAACAACAGUUUUGUGUUAUAUUUUCUCAUAUAUUAUUCAGAUAUGCUGAAGCAUAUGUGCAAUAAAGUGUUGUCUAAUAUUG